AUGGCAGCCGACAGGGAUUUGAGAACCGCUGUGGAAAAUGUUAUCCUUGCUCUUCAAGGACUGCCCGGAUGGCAGAGUCGCCGAAUUGCCGUGGUAGGUGGUGUAUGCGUCAAACAUCAUGUCCAUCCGGAACCGCGCGAAACCAAUGACCUUGAUCUGAUGAUCGAAAGUCCGAUUGAUACCUCCGAGGUAAAAUCUGCCUUGGUGGCAGCAUCCCCCCACCAGUUCGAAAUGGCCGCGGACGUGUUCUUGUUCAAAGUCGGGACAAGGAGGAUCCAGGUGGACAUCAUGUCACAGCUAUUCAUCUUUCCCUGGAACCAGCACGAGGACACUUUCGACGAACACAGAUUCCCCCCGCAGGCUAUCUCUAUCAACAUGGUCCAAAUCAACAGGCUGCCUUUUCUGUCACUCCAGGAUAUGGUCGCAAUCAAGGCCUACUCCUGCGGGACACGCAUGACAAUUGCGAAAAAUGUCCGAGAUGCGAACGACUGCUGGGAAUUGGCGAUGAGGCUGCCGCAGGGCGUCAUAUGGGAUAUAUGGCACCUAGAGACAUUUGCGAAUGGUAUUUUCUACCUUUCCGAAUACUCGAAACACCAUUACAGAAACGUAGACGCCUGGGCGAUAGUCUUGCAACUGCCUAUUGUUCUAUCCUGA